CAAAUCAAAAGGAAUCUGUUAACAUUUUUUUUUUUUCGAAAAUUCGCAUUUUCAUGCCAGGAGUAUAGAUUUUCUGAUAUCUCAUUCUUUUGGUUUUUUAUCGAUUUUCUGAAAGAUACAAAUUAUAAAAUUAUUGUUUUUAGAUGGUACAAAUUAAAUCAAAGUUAAUUAUUUAUCAUUUUUUAUGAAAAUCAAUUAUUUUGGUGUCAAGUUCUACUCGAUCUACCAAUCUCAGCUUAAGUUUCACGGGAAUUGAAUGAUAUUCAUACAACAGUAGUUUGAGCUGUCUGCUCUUUUGUGUCGAUAAUUUUGGCAGAGGGAUUAUUUUCAGAAUUAAAAAAACAAAAUGUUACAUGUUUUAGGCUGCAGGCAAUUUAUUGUAAAGAGAUUCACAGUCAUAUUAAGCCAAAACUUUGCUUAUUCUGGAGCUAGUAAACCCACUAAGUCUCAAGCUUCAAGUAUUCCGAAUGUACCAGGACUCAGUGAUAAAGUCCUAUGUGUUCCCAAUGAACCUGUAGGAUUUGCUGGAGCAGCAAAAAAUAAAGAAUACAAGAAUCCAGAAUAUUUUUGCUAUCACAUAGAUUCUUUUGCUGAUUCAUUUGUCGAAAUGGAAAAGUACAGGCUGCCUGUUCCAGAUAACAGAAAACCUUUCAAGAAUUAAAUUUUUUUGACUUGUAUGUCAUAGAUUAUUCAAAUUAUGUAAAUUUUGAAAUAACCAAUUAUAUUGUGUUGAAACAAUGAAUUUACUCUGUAACUAUAUAAAUAGAUAGUUAAAUUAUUGCAA